AUGCCACGAUUUGCAAAGGGCAAAGCCGUCAACGGUGGCAAAUCUCAAAUAAAGCAAAAUAAUCAGACACAAAAUGCAAACCAUUAUAGUGAUAACGGAGUAGUUAAUGACAAAAAUAGCGAUGAUAUCAUGGAACUUACCUAUGAUGUUAACUCUUUCUCCAAUGCUAUGACACGACUGAAAGAAUCUCUAAAAAAUCGCAAAAGCAAUAAUGAUGAUUCUAUAGAAGAAUGGGUAGGUGAAGUUGUUAGUAUUUUAAAAAGAAUUACUGAAAAAAAUACGGAUUUGGUAUCCAAUUCUGAAAUAAUGACAUCGACUAGGACACUAUUGCUUAAAGUUAACGAUUACAGCAUCAAUGAAUGUACAGAAAAAGAGGUUAUUGAAGCUGCAGUUCAUUUAGAAUUAGCUCUUACCGAUGGAAUUACCGAUUUAAUUGACGAUCAAAGUGAGAACAAUGAUUUAGAGAGCGACAGCAAAGAAUCCAACACAAAUGAUAGCCAAAUAGAUAUUUCUCCUGGUAGUAUUGAUUAUUUACAAUCUAAAGCAGCAGGGACUCGAGAUAGAGUACAUAGUAAAGAUCCGCAAGCUAUCGAUCAUUUGCUGCAAAAAACUGACAACAGCAUGGAAAUAUCCUUACAGUAUGCGAAGUCUUGGCUAAAAUAUGCUAAGGAAAUAUCUACGUAUGUUGAGAAGAGGUCAAGACUAGAAUUGGAUUAUGCUAAAAGUUUAAGUAAAUUAGCCCAACAAACACGCCAGGCUAUAACCGAAGAGGAUAUUGAAUAUAGUAACGUUGUUCAACAACUAUACAACAACCAAUUGAACUUGAAAUUUACUGAGCCAUUAAAUACAAGACGAAAUGAGCAUGAUGCAGCUAGAAAAAUUCUUAAAGAUAGUUGGAUGAAAUUAGACAAGAAAUAUCAAGAUGCAAAGAAUAAUAUCAAAAAAGCCAAGAAUAAUUAUAAAGCAAGAGUGCAAGAACAUGUGAAGUUUAAAAGUAGUACCAAAGGUGAAAUUAUAACAGGCAAGAAGAAGCGUGAAGAAGAUGAAAUAAAACACAGGAUUGAGGACGCUGAUGUUACUUUAAAAGCCGCAACAGUAGAGGCAGAAGGUAUUCAAGAAAAUCUACAAAAAUCCAAGGACAAAUUUCUCGUUGAGCUGAGGCAGUUAAUACUCCAGUGCGAUGUAACUUUAAAGGCAGUAACGGCAAAUUAUUUUCAAAUGAGGAAUACAGCGUUAUCGCCAUUCCCAGUACAAUAUCAAACUUUAUCCGACAAUGCCAAAAUGUAUGAACCAGGAACACAAUUUAUUGAAUUUUUAAGUCAUCGCCCAGAAAAUGCAGAAGUAGAACCACCUUCAGCUACCGCAGACAUGGACCGUUACAAUUUCAGUUCUCGCCGACAAGAAGAAGAAGACGGUCUGUCUACUGAUCCCCUUAAUAGAAGUUAUGAUUCCAGCAAGAGCUUAGCAUCAGCAUUUCAAGAAGACUUAGACGGUUCUGUAAAGCAUAAGAAUGCUUCGACAGAUUUAGAACCCGAUGAAGCUUAUAAACAUCGUGGACGCCGAGACGGCGGACAAGUAGCUCGAGCCCUAGCGAUAGAAUUAUUUUCAUCACCUGGUCCUUUCGCCAACAUGGCACUUUCUACACCGGCUAAAACUCACGUCUUACGAAAGUUGAAAUCACCAUCGCGUUGCCAAGAAUGUGAUUCUUUCCUCUACUUUUCUGGAGCAGAAUGUGAAAGAUGCGGCUUAACAUGUCAUAAGAAAUGCUUGGAAAAACUAAGUAUCAGCUGCGGAUCUAAGCAUCAUCGGAAACUAUCGACCUUUGGUGUAGAUAUCCAUGAUCAUCUAGUAGCAACAAAUCAAAUUGGAGUUCCUAUAAUUGUAUCGGUGUGCAUUAACGAAAUUGAUAAACGGGGUUUAAAAACUCAGGGAAUCUAUCGGAUAUCCGGUGUAAAAUCACAAGUUGAGAAAUUAUGUCAGUUCUUCGAAAGUAUGGACUCCAGUAAAGAUAUGAAAAUAGAUCUAUCUAAAACGCCGGUCCAUCAUAUUGCCUCAGUUCUGCGCUUAUAUCUUAGACAGCUGCCUGAGCCUUUAUUGACUUUCCGAUUUUAUGAGCCUUUUAUUGAAUUGGCAAAGGAAAGCUUUAAAAUGCCAGAAGAGGAACUCAUAAAAGAAGCUAUAAGAUUAGUGGAGAAGCUACCAGAAUCGAAUUACAAAACCUGUCAAAAAAUUGUUGCUCAUUUAAAACGAAUCCAUGAUAAUUACGAGGAUAAUAAAAUGUCGGCUGCCAAUUUAGGAAUCGUUUUUGGGCCAACUAUACUAGGUCGACGAAUUUACGUAGAUGAAGAGAUUGAUACCUUAACUUUCUUUAAUAGUCAAACGGAAGAUGCAAAAGAAGGCUACAAGGAUAUGAGUUUCCAAGCUAGAAUGGUUGAACUCCUAAUUUUAAAUCAAGCAAAAAUAUUCCGAUAUACACAAGAAGAUACGGAAACUAAUGACGAGCAAGACGAGAAUGCAGCGCUCGAAAAUUCAACUACUGUUUCAAGCGAUGAUCCGUCCGAUCCUUCUCAUCUAACCACGUCUGGAAAUAAAUCCUCUGAUGAUUUAUCCGCCACAAGCAAAUCUAAUGACAGUCAACCCCUUCCUCAGAAUGAAAAUGUCGAUUACCCCGAUAAUACAGAAGAUAUUUCAAGUGAUGAUGACAGCGAAUAUGAUUCUGAUUUUAUCACUGUCCACCAUAAUCAAACCAAGAACGAGGACCAACUAAAACGAAAAAAUUCAAUCAAACACGAAAUUAAAAACAGCAAUGACUUGGAUUAUGUGCCACCUGCAAUAUACCAUGAAUCUAAUGACGAUUUCAUGCAAGAGGAAGAUGAAUUAAAUAAUAGCCAAAUAUCUUUUAGCACCGGAAGUUUAAAAUCAGAUGAAUAUAUGGAAUUCCUGUCUACAGAAUCUGCUCAAGAUGUGAUGACCAAAUCAUCAUCUCAUAAUAUUAUUAGAGAAGUUACGACAAGAAAAGCGCAUCGAUCAGCAAGCGAUAUUGGAAGAUAUAAUGAUAAACGUUUAGCUAGGCUAGACUUUAAUCCACCUCUUACUUUACCGAUAAACCCUAUCCCGUUCACCUAUCCGCCAAAGCCUGUAACACCUAGCAGUCAAUCUAUAACGUUAAAUAAAUCAGUUUCUGUUCCUGACCGAGAACCGAAUUAUGCUAAACCUUCAAUAGCCGGUGACCACUUUGAUCCUGUUUAUGAAUACAGGAAUGAAUCUCUUAACGAUCCAAAUCAUGCUUACAAUAAACCUCAUCAUUCUCCAAGUGAAAGUAACUUAACUGCUAACUUGCGCCAACGACAAUAUGAACAAUUAUCGCAACAGCAAACUACCAAUGUCAAUACUUUCCGAUCAUCUAAACUACGUCAUCGACACUCGCUAGAUCAUCAACGUGCUGGGAUUUAUAGAGAACAUUUACGUGAACGUGGAUAUAGCACAACUAAUUCAGAAUUUGCUGCUACAAAUAGCGGUGACGAAAACCCUAGGGUAAAAUAUGUUUGA